UAGUUCUGUCUAUUGUACUUCUACGUCCAAGAAUACAAUGAAGAUCCUCCUGCUCCUACCUCUAUUGGGCGUGGCCCUGGCCUACACUGACGUGAACGACACUUUCCUCAAGGACACUUUGCUGCAGGACCCGGCCAAGGCUCGGAAGGAGACGCAGGAGCUCACCGCGUGUUUGUUGGACGAGGGCCCGUGUGAGGGAUACAACGCGGUCGGCAAGAUUCACAUAGUAUCGGCCAUGUCGGAUUCCUGCGCCGAAUGCGAUAUGAUUCAGAAGCGCGCAGCCGUCAAAUACCUGACAACGAUGAAGAAGGAGUUCCCCCAGCAAUAUGAGAAGUUUGAGAAGAGAUACGACCCCACCAGGAAAAACUUCGAUAAGAUGCUGCAGGCACUGAGCGUUUAUAAAGACGACUAG